AUGAGCACCAUCGAGACUGUCACUCAGCACCCUGAGAUCACGGCGGAGAACGUCCUGCGCCUCUUCCCCGAAGUAAACACCACCCUCAUCGGAGGAUCGCACAACUCGGCCACGAGCGACAAUGCGCUCCAGGGCUACGACGAGGAGCAGAUACGGCUGAUGGACGAGGUGUGCAUCGUGCUGGACAACAACGAUAUCCCAAUCGGCAGUGCGACCAAGAAGCUCUGUCAUUUGAUGGAGAACAUCGAUCGAGGCCUCCUUCACCGUGCAUUCUCCGUCUUCCUCUUCGACUCCCAGAACCGUCUCCUUCUUCAGCAGCGCGCGACCGAGAAGAUUACAUUCCCGGAUAUGUGGACAAACACAUGCUGUUCGCACCCGCUAGGCAUACCGGGAGAGACUGGCGUUGGUCUGCAAGAAUCGAUCCAGGGCGUGCGUCGCGCAGCAGUGCGCAAGCUGGACCAUGAACUGGGCAUCAAGGCCGAACAAGUGCCCAUAGACGACUUCAAAUUCCUCACCCGGAUACACUACAAGUCGCCUAGUGACGGCAAGUGGGGCGAGCAUGAGAUUGACUACAUCCUAUUCAUGAAGGCCGAUGUGGACCUGAAUGUCAACCCCAACGAGGCCCGCGAUUCAAGAUGGGUGUCCCAGGAGGACCUCAAGACCAUGUUCCAGGACAAGUCGCUCAAGUUCACGCCGUGGUUCAAGCUCAUCUGCGAAAGCAUGCUUUUCGAAUGGUGGGACCACCUCGAUUCUGGUUUGGAGAAGUACAUGGGAGAGACAGAGAUUCGUCGCAUGUAA